AUGUAUAUAAGAGAUCAAAUCGAGUUUCUUGAAGCUGUUGUUAAGAGUUUAUCAAACUAUGAAUAUGGAGGAACCAUAUUAAAGAACUUCUCGCAUUGGUCAUCAAUGAUAGCAGAAUCAGCGAAGAUAAAAUAUUUAAAGAAAGAUGAUAUCUAUACUGACACUUCAUUCGUCGGUAUGCAGCUGGGAAAUUCUGUGUCUGAUAAGAAGUUGAAGGAAGUUUGUAAUAACUUCGCUAGUGCCUAUGAAAAUAUUGCCCAAGCAAAGAGAACAAUGAAUGAGAAGUUAUCGGAUAUUAUACAAGAGUUAGGAUUAUUAAAGAAGAAGUCAAAACAAAUUGAUAUGCAAAGGAAAACAGUAUCUGAUACUAGAUAUGAUUUAGAGGAAAUGCAACAGGAUAAUAUUCAUAAAGACGAUACUAAAAGUAAUUAA